AUGGAGAAGCAAAAGCUGCUGGCGUCGCUUAAAGAGGGUUCUCCCUUCGCUCUUGUGAAGAGGGGAUCCUCAGAGCUUAGCGCCGAUGGCGGAGAACAGGAGCCAGCCGUCUGCUGGAUCAGUCUGCAUCCGUCAGAAGAAUACCUGCAAAUCGGAUACCUCUCAUCUAUUGAGUGGAACGAAGAACAGACAGCAAUCAUCGAUGUGAACGAAACAAUCUCGCUAAAGGAUGUGUCUGAGGUCGUCCCCACGGUCAACGGCAAGGCCAAUGUUCAUUCGCUGACGAUCUUCACAAGCCGUGACGAGGCUCCUCGUAAGCCGCUGCCCCCCAGCGACUCUGUAGAGUCCUGGGCAGAAGAAGAUGCCUGCCAGUUUCCCCCUGAAGGGGGUUCCGACUCGUCCUUGAUUGAGACACUCCAAGAGCAAGUUGUCAAUCAAAACCAUCUUAUCGGCGACCUCUCGGCGGAAGCUCUCCGGUUAAGCUCCCUCCAGUACCGCAGAGAUGAAGCAAUAGACAAAAUCGUCGACGCUCUCCAGAAGGGUGGAUCGCGCGGGAGGGCGACUCCGAACGAGAUUGUCGACGAAGAGGUACAUGCACUGAAGGAGGAAAUUCGUGAGCUGCGAGAGUUCUUGCGGAAAAAAGACAAUCUUCUGCAAGAGUUCCAGAGAGUCCUUCCCAGAGGACGCUUCCUCGCGUGCCCCAGCUCUUUGAGAGGGAACCGAUCGGGCGGCUCUAAGCGUGGACACGCUGCUGCGCUUGCGCCAUGCGCCUCGCUCGGCCGAGGCGCGCGGGGCCGGACGUGCCACAGCUCCUCUCCUCCGCGGCUGAGGCACUGCUAUGCGCAUCGAGCUGAUGCCGACUGGGGCAGGCCCCUAGACUGCCGCGCGGCGGAUAGCGUAAAUCGAGCUGAAGGCGCGCACACCUGCCGGCGCGGCGCGGCCGCGCGCCAGCGGCGGGCAGCAGGGGCAUCGAUCCACGCGAAUUACGACUACUUGGGCAGUGCAUGCUGCGCGCAUGAAGACACGGACUUCUGCAAUGGCUGUCCGGGGAGCUCUCACAGAAGGAGUCGGAGCUGGAGCGAGAGUAUCAGCAGCGUACAUUCAUCCGUGUACUACAGCGAUAGUGCUUUCUGGGAUGACCUAGAGUUCUCCAGGACGCAGGGGCAAGAGAGGGCGCAUGAGCGCUGUUCCGGCGGCCAUCGGCGACCCGCGCACGAGAGGGCGUAUGUGUGCCGUAAUCACGAUUUGCACUGUGCCGAGCGGGAUGCUCGCCUUGAGGAAAGAAAUCGACAAGGCGGUGGCUGUGGGCAACGUCAUCACUACAGCCACUCACCAAGAACGGCGAAGGAGGGUGAAAAAUCCUCUCCUUCCAGGGACCCCCAAGCUGGUACCCGAAGCCGGCCGCACCAUCACCACCACCACCACCAUCAUCGAUAUCACAGGCAGUCCGGCCGCUCUCCAGGGCACUGCUCUCGAGCCGAGACGCAAAGGAAACACAGCUUCUCGCGGGGUCGUAGCGAACCGCAAGACGUGGACGUGAGACCCGAUGAGGUGCGCAGGGUGCCUCGUCGGCGGCCCAGCCGCCAAAACAGUCGUCAGCCUAGCCGUCAGUGCAGUCGACUCUCGAGCGAUCAACCAAGCCACGCGCCCAGUUGUCACAGCGCAGAAGAGUAUCUUCUUCGAGAGUGUGAAAAAGACUUCACUGCCGGCCCCGUCGUCAAUGAGUGUCGAGAGUCCCUGGGUGUCCCAGCUCCAACCGGGUCAGAUAGGGGGCGGCCUCUCAGCGGCCACAGCAGUCGGCAGCCAAGCCGAAGGAGCAGCUGCCAUGGCAGCCGGCAACGCAGUCGAGGGACCACUCCCGACCAUGGCGACGGUCUCCCUGAUGGGAGGAUGAAUUCCCGCAAGAGCUCCUGCGGCAAUAGAAGCCGGCACGACAGCAAGCAGCCUACCAGCCAGCAUAGCGAACGCGCGGCUGGCGGAGUGGCGGCCGAGGUGGGGCCACAGCAGAGCAGGCAAUCCAGUCGUGAACCGAGCCAGGCUCCGUUCCCCGGAGCCGAAAGCAGCGCCCGCGGAAGUCGUCACCAGGACGCGUGGCCGCCUGGAAGCUCCCAAGGAUCCGUAGUUACGAGCCGAGACUUAAGCGUGCAGCCUCACUCUGAGAGCCGCUCUGUCGGAGGCAGUGUGCGAGGUAGCCGCUGUUCCAGUCGCGCGCCCAGUAGGCUAGCCAGCGGCCAAGAGAGCGUGGGGCACAGUCUCCGCGGCAGCCACGAUAACGCGCCGGGAGCUAUCAUCCCCAUCACCCAUGUGAGCAGACCCCCCAGUGGACAGCAGGACUUGAGCGCUGCCCCACCUGCAGCGCAGCCCAAACCGGGAAGGCUCUUGGAUCCCAAAUACAAGCCAAGUAGCCGGGUCCCCAGCAGAGCAAGCAGCCGUGAACCGAGCUGCGCGCCGAGCCGCGCAUCAAGCCGCGCCCCAAGCCGCCUGGGUUCGAAUGCAGCCAUCGCUGGACAAUCCAGCAGCCACGCCAGCCGCCUGGCUAGCCGCGACCACAGUCGAGUCCCCAGCAGAUCGCCAAGCCACCAGAUCAAGACACCCAGCAGCCAAGGAAUCGGUAGUGGAAAACCGAGUAAGGGGCCGGUGCUUGACAGACAGGCGAGCCAGUGUGUGUGCAGGCAGCAGGAGGUGGACAACGCUCGUCUUGCGAGAGGCUACACAGCAUCUGCGUCACAUUCGCAGCUGCCCGAAAGUGCUGACGAGUUGGCUCGCCAAGGCAGUCAACACAUACGCUGCGACGAGACAAAUCAGACUUCGCGCCAGCACAGCGGACAACAUCCCAGCCGCACGCAACGCCGCCAGCCGUCCAGGCAACGGAGUCGAGAACCAAGCCGCCAGCCCAGUCGCCAGCCCAGUCGCCAACCGAGCAGCCAGUCGCAUGAUCAGCAGGGUCCGAUGGAACCCGCAGACUGGCCUCACGAACCAGAGUUUGGGAGCCGCCUGAUGAGCGGGCAAGCUCGAUACUACACGACUCAGUAUGGAACCACAAACCGCAUCAGCCCCCGACAAGGCGGCAACCGCCAGCGGUGCCGCCAGCCGAGCCGCCAACCAAGCAGCCAACCCUCAUACCAGCCCAUCACCAGCGCAGAGCCGCUCGAGGACUACGUGCCCAGCAGACAGGCCAGCCGGCAGCGAAGCGGCCGCCAACAGUACGAGCCCAACACAGAGAUGGACUACGCUCCCAGUCAGUCUGCGAGCUGGCAGCUCAGCCGCCAAACAUGCCGGCAGCCCAGCCGCCAACCAAGCCGCCAGACUAGCCGCCAGCCGAGCCGCCAACCAAGCAGCCAACCCUCAUACCAGCCCAUCACCAGCGCAGAGCCGCUCGAGGACUACGUGCCCAGCAGACAGGCCAGCCGGCAGCGAAGCGGCUGCCAACAGUACGAGCCCAACACAGAGAUGGACUACGCUCCCAGUCAGCCUGCGAGCCGGCAGCCUAGCCGCCAACCAAGCCCGCAGCCCAGCCGCCAACCAAGCCGCCAGACUAGCCGCCAGCCGAGCCGCCAACCAAGCAGCCAACCCUCAUACCAGCCCAUCACCAGCGCAGAGCCGCUCGAGGACUACGUGCCCAGCAGACAAGCCAGCCGGCAGCGAAGCGGCUGCCAACAGUACGAGCCCAACACAGAGAUGGACUACGCUCCCAGUCAGCCUGCGAGCCGGCAGCCUAGCCGCCAACCAAGCCGGCAGCCCAGCCGCCAACCAAGCCGCCAACCAAGCCGCCAGCCGAGCCGCCAACCAAGCAGCCAACCCUCAUACCAGCCCAUCACCAGCGCAGAGCCGCUCGAGGACUACGUGCCCAGCAGACAGGCCAGCCGGCAGCGAAGCGGCCGCCAACAGUACGAGCCCAACACAGAGAUGGACUACGCUCCCAGUCAGCCUGCGAGCCGGCAGCUGAGCCGCCAACCAAGCCGCCAGCCUACCCGCCAGCCGAGCCGCCAACCAAGCAGCCAACCCUCAUACCAGCACAUCACCAGCGCAGAGCCGCUCGAGGACUACGUGCCCAGCAGACAAGCCAGUCGGCAGCGAAGCGGCUGCCAGCAGUACGAGCCCAACACAGAGAUGGACUACGCUCCCAGUCAGUCUGCGAGCCGGCAGCCUAGCCGCCAACCAUGCUGGCAGCCGAGCCGCCAACCAAGCAGCCAACCCUCAUACCAGCCCAUCACCAGCGCAGAGCCGCUCGAGGACUACGUGCCCAGCAGACAGGCCAGCCGGCAGCGAAGCGGCUGCCAACAGUACGAGCCCAACACAGAGAUGGACUACGCUCCCAGUCAGCCUGCGAGCCGGCAGCCUAGCCGCCAACCAAGCCGGCAGCCCAGCCGCCAACCAAGCCGCCAGACUAGCCGCCAGCCGAGCCGCCAACCAAGCAGCCAACCCUCAUACCAGCCCAUCACCAGCGCAGAGCCGCUCGAGGACUACGUGCCCAGCAGACAAGCCAGCCGGCAGCGAAGCGGCUGCCAACAGUACGAGCCCAACACAGAGAUGGACUACGCUCCCAGUCAGCCUGCGAGCCGGCAGCCUAGCCGCCUACCAAGCCGCCAGCCGAGCCGCCAACCAAGCAGCCAACCCUCAUACCAGCCCAUCACCAGCGCAGAGCCGCUCGAGGACUACGUGCCCAGCAGACAAGCCAGCCGGCAGCGAAGCGGCCGCCAACAGUACGAGCCCAACACAGAGAUGGACUACGCUCCCAGUCAGCCUGCGAGCCGGCAGCUCAGCCGCCAACCAAGCCGCCAGCCUACCCGCCAGCCGAGCCGCCAACCAAGCAGCCAACCCUCAUACCAGCACAUCACCAGCGCAGAGCCGCUCGAGGACUACGUGCCCAGCAGACAAGCCAGUCGGCAGCGAAGCGGCCGCCAACAGUACGAGCCCAACACAGAGAUGGACUACGCUCCCAGUCAGUCUGCGAGCCGGCAGCUCAGCCGCCAAACAUGCUGGCAGCCGAGCCGCCAACCAAGCAGCCAACCCUCAUACCAGCCCAUCACCAGCGCAGAGCCGCUCGAGGACUACGUGCCCAGCAGACAAGCCAGCCGGCAGCGAAGCGGCUGCCAACAAUACGAGCCCAACACAGAGAUGGACUACGCUCCCAGUCAGUCUGCGAGCCGGCAGCUCAGCCGCCAACCAAGCCGGCAGCCCAGCCGCCAACCAAGCCGCCAGACUAGCCGCCAGCCGAGCCACCAACCAAGCAGCCUACCCUCAUACCAGCCCAUCACCAGCGCAGAGCCGCUCGAGGACUACGUGCCCAGCAGACAAGCCAGCCGGCAGCGAAGCGGCUGCCAACAAUACGAGCCCAACACAGAGAUGGACUACGCUCCCAGUAAGCCUGCGAGCCGGCAGCUCAGCCGCCAAACAUGCUGGCAGCCGAGCCGCCAACCAAGCAGCCAACCCUCAUACCAGCCCAUCACCAGAGCUAGGGGUUACGUGGUUGGGGUUUGUGCAGGUCCGUCGGGGCAGCAGCUGAUUGAUGAAUCGGGCUUUCCAGCCGACACCUCUGGAAUGCGCAGCGGGCGAUCAGGUUUGGAUAGGGGCAUCGAGGCCGAGAGGACAGCGAGCCAGCGGCAACUCGGGGGCGCGGCUGCGCGAGACGACCAGGUGACCAGCAGGACGGCGCAGAGACAGGAGGCGUACCAUCGCAGUUUCGGCGGCUCCCACGCGGUGAGCUACGCACCGAGCUACGGCGAUGAAGAAGGAUGGUGGAGAUCUUCUGGAGGAGGGUCCAGCCCGCAAUCCGGAUUCCGAGGCGGACUAGAAAGUGCAGAACGCAGCGAGCGGCAGGGCUCCUUUGGAGUCGCGCGACGGCAGAGUGAUGACUCGAGCAGUCUGACAGACCUCCUGCCCGAUAUUGACUGGGAGGAAGACCUGCCAUCGAAGACGGGCCUGGACAGCCAGCGAGUCCCGUCAAACUGCGCAGCAGAAGACGUGCCGCAGCCUGUUCCUGAUACGAUGCUCCUACCAGAAAGGCAGCCGAGCCGGCUUCCAAGUCGUCAGAAUGUGGAGGGGGAGAUGGCCGAGCAGAGGUCCAAGCUGCUUUCUGCCGCUGAAAGUCGGAACUGCAAUGUACCCAGCAGCUGCGGCGCACAGUGGAAGCCAAGCGGGGGGCCCAUGAGCUGGCAGGUGACAGGCCCCGACCGGAUGGACCCGCAAACGAGCAUACACGGGGGUCUAACGUGUAGACAAGGAAGCAGCAUGCAGCCCCAGUGGGCGCCACACGGAGGCCAAACUCCUGGUAUCGGCAGCAAGCACUUUAGCCGUGAACCAGGGAGUGAGAGGCCGGAGAGCCUCCAGCACGCUCCCUCCUGCGACCGCCGAGGCAUCACCGAGCCACAGGGGUCGCCCUGGAGUCACAGCGAACAGCACGGAUACCCUUCACGAAAGCCGAUGCUCCGCUGCAGCCCUCCAAGCUACCGGGCAGGCGAAAAGUUCCCCAGCAAAGUACCUAGCCGCCAACCCAGCCGUCAUCCCGACACUUACGGCAGCAAGCAACCCAGCAGGCAAGUCCCAGAAGUCCUGGCAAGAUCACCAGAUCAACAGGCGCAGCUAGAGUCCAGCAGACUCCUUAGUCGUCAAGCCAGCGCGACGCCAAGCCGUCAGGCCAGCACCACUCCGACCGGGCUUCAUCGGCCAGAAAGAAGCAGGGAGCCUAGCAGACAAGCUAGCCGGCAGCGUAGCCAGCAGUGCGUAUACGGCCCCUGCUGGCAAGCAGCCGGCGGGGAGUCGCCUGAACAGACGAUCGUGCAGCGGAGCUCGCAUUCUGGAGAACCUAUCGGCAUGAAACCGUCCAGUGGUUCCAGUAUACAGAUCAACAGGCAACUGAGCUACCAGCCGCAGGUAACAUCUGGUAGACAGGCGACCUACCGCGAUGCAGCAGCGAUCCGCAUGCGGUCUGAGAGAGAGGCUCUCGGUGAUCUUGGCGCGCAACCCAGAGAUCCGAAGAGCAGCAGCAGCAGACAGCCCAGCAGGUCGCCUUCUUCUCGGCAGCCAAGCCAUUGCCCCAGCGCCGGCGCAAGACAGCGCAGCGGUUCGCGCGAAAGAGAUGAAAGGGGACAGAAGUCUCUGAUGGAACAAAAAGGCCCCCAAACUCCUAUGCCCAAAAAUAAUUUGCUGCUGCCCUCCUACGCUGGUGGGCUCAAGCUACAGCGGAGCUUCCAGACGGUUGACCGCCAGAACGCCGCGGCUUUGUACAGAACAAGAAGCGAUCGAUCCGCCGCGAGGACGGAAGAAAGUCCAUCUAGGCGGACAGGGCAAGAGGUCCAUCAGCCGCGCGUAGGUCCAGUGGUCACACCGUCGAGGAACGCGAAUGGAGCACAGAGCCAAACUCCUGGAAGGCAGCCCAGCCAUCGGGUUGCAGACGCAGAAGACUACCCAUGCAGCAGACAGCGGAGCCGCCAGGCUCAUAAAGCACCGGAUCUUCAGGACAGCCAGCACCCGAGCAGACAGCUCAGUCGGCAAGCGAGCCAGCAGCCAGUUCACGCAUUUGAGCCUGGAUUCUGCGGAGGAUCCCGUAAGCCCAGCCGGCAGGCUAGUUUUCAUUCCAGCCGCGGGCCCAGUCGACAGCCAAGUUACCAGCUAAGUCACCAGCAAAGCUACCAGCCAAGCAAGCAGUGUGGCAGCGAACAUGACGGAGCUCCGUGUGGGAUAAUUGGGGAGCAGAGGUCAGCAGGGGCUUGUUCGAAACAGGCGAGCCAGAUCCGCGAGGACGUCGUGGUGCGCGCGGCAGCUCGUCAUUUGUCUGAGAGGCUUCAAGGCGUCCAGGCGUCCCCCGGCGCGCCGGAUGUCCCACGCAACCGGGUGGAGAACGCGAGAGCGGACGCGGUUCAGUCCAGUAGUCCGACGAACCAUGACGUCAUGAGAGUUCUUCGGCAGAUUCAGCGGUCGUCCACAGAUCCUUCUAUCUCUCAGGUGGCGCCACCGGGAGCGCGGGGGCCAGAACAAUUCUACAACGAGCCCGCGGCCGCUUGCGAGUCUCAGCGAACGGACACCAAUGUGUCUUUGACAGAGGAGGAGGAGGAUAUGGUGAAAGAAAUCGUGGAACAGGUCAUCAAGUACCUGAAAAAGAAGGUAAGUGUGCCCCUUCAGCGUACCUAUACGCGCUCUGUGUAA